GUCUUUUUCCUGCGUGGGGUGAGAUAGUCGGAUCUGCAGCAAAUACUCCGCAUCUUUCAGAUUAAGUGCAUGAUCUCUGAGCCAAUCCGGAGAAGAUGCUCGGAAGAUGAUUGCGAGAUGAGCUUGGUCGCGUUCUCCGUUUGGUGCCAGCACACAAGACAGCGUCUCUGAUCAUGUCCAGAUCGAUUCUACCCCCAUUCUUCGGCCCCGCUCGGAAUUAGUAGCUGCGAUUGUUCGACGGGAAUCAAGACAAGACAGACGGAGGGACCUGAUCACUACCUACUGAUCGGGAUCUAUAAAGCCAUCACCAAAGAACACCCGAGUCGUCAAUUUCAUACCUGCAGACCAACGAAACACCUCAUUCUCAUACUCCUUCCUUUUUCCUCGUCUCCUGCAAUCUUUAUCAGUCGAUUUCGAACGCAACCGUAAUCAUGGGCCAGUGGCAAAUGCGCCGCAAUGUCCCCUCAGACGAUGACUGGCGGGCAUACGAGAAGCGGCUGGCCGAAAAGGAAGCCGAGUUCAAGGGCCCGGGCACAAUGCCGGACCAUGUCAAAUGGAAGGACGACGAAUGGGCGCGCUGGCUUGCGAUCGAGAAGAAGCUCAAAGAUAUGACGGCCGCGCUGCCCAAGGAGCGCAAGGCUAUGCUGACUGCGGAGACUACGGCGGUGAUCAACGAGAGUUACCAACCUUCGGAGGGCAAGGAGAAGCCUUCUCCGGAGGCCGUUCAGCAGGUCGCCGAAAUGCUCACGGACUAUGUCAUUGCCUUCAAGCGCAUGCCCGAGGAGUUCAAGCUGUUCGACGAUGAUGAGCAGGAAAGAAUCAUGCAAAACAACUCCGAGGAGCUGCGGCGAUGGCCGGCGCCGCUAUUCACGAACUACUCGGAGGAGGACGAUCGGUGGGAGAUUUUUUGCAGCGGCUGUACCUGGAGCACCUGCGGAACAUCGGCUACUACGGAGAGUGGCUGAACUAUCAUUUCGCCGACCUCUAUUACUUGACCCUGCACCCGAAAACCUUCUCCAAAGGCCUUACCUACCUUAUCGACACGGACACCGAGCGUCUGAUCGCCCUGCACGACUUGUGGGAGAAUCUGAGUCCCUGGCUCAAAAAGCCGUCGAAUAUAUGCGAGUGGAGGAGAAAGUACAAGCUCGAUCCAGGGGAUGAGAAGGAAGACCCCACCGGCAAGAGCGCCUGCGACCAGAUGGAGUCAUACAGUUUCGACUUCAAGACCGACCGGCCACUGUUGGAGGGCAAGGAGAAACAGACCCAGAGAAAGAUGCUCUACUGGUUCUCGCAACAGAAAUGGUACAAUAAGCCUCAGAUAAUCUGGGAAAGGCUGGACAUCCAAAAGGCGAUCUUCGAGGC